ACGAGGAAGAGGUUCCACAUGGCCGUGUCAGCUGGUAGGCUGGGGUAUUUUAUACUCGUCGAUGUGAUAUUUAUAACCAACGGAUUCGUUUGGAAUAUACAUGACAUGAUGUCCUCUCGUCCGUUUGUGACCCGGCGUCUGUCUAACGGACAAGAUCGAGUGGACAUUGUCUGUCCAGACAAUCACGUUAUGCUGUCACCUUACAUAGCGUAUGGAGCGUCCGUCGGACGUCGUUCGUCUACUUUACGUCUCGAGAGGGACUGUUUGGGCACGGACAGUCAAUUGGUCAAGCAGUCUGACCAAUGUGUGACGAACAACACAUGUAGCGUUUCUUUAAGAAAGGGUUUACGUCUGACCAACAUUUUGAGUGGACCAAACAAAAAAUGCCUCAAAAAUUUCCCGAAGUUUAUCACUAUUUCCUUACCAAAGUGUGUUCUAAAAGAUCAGAUUCGUGAUAUAUGUUCUGACGGAUUAGAGGCAAGGUACACGACCGGUAUUCUUGGGCGGCACACAGAUAUUCCAAACACCAACCCAACGGAAAAGUCGUGUCAUAAGAUUAUGUCAUUUCUUACAAAUGUGACGAUGUCGAUGAAACUUGAAAAAUUCGACAGUAACACAAGUUAUCACGUGAUUAUACAAUGGACAACACAGGCAGGGAUGAACGAAACCAGGACUCUUAGAUACCAUCAUGAAACAUUCACUGGAACUGGAAAUAAUUUUAAUGUGACAUGGGAAACUCGGGACCAAGACGUAGCUAAACCCGACUUUUAUCUAAUUUAUAAUGUACAACUUCAAGGUGGAUACCAAAACGGGAGCGCGUCACGUAGUCCAGUCUCCGAGCUACCCAUGGCGUCUCUAAGAAGCGCCAUGACAUGGAAGGACAACCAGAUGUCGUUCGCUUGCCCCAAAGGAUCCCUUCUGUAUUCUCCCCAACUAAUGGUUGGAGUGGGAAAGAGGUUGACCUGUGCUGGUAUUACUCCAAGUUUGUUGGUGCAGAUCAAUAACUGUUAUUGGGAGCGGAAUUGUAACAUCAACUGGAAGGGUCCUGCCACGGUGACUCUGUCUGAUUCUCUCCCCUGUCUGGGAAAGACGGCUGCAGUCAUGUCAACUACCGGAUACCAAUGCAUCAGACAAGAAAACGUCGUAAAUAUGUGUAGUAGGUAUGCCUCCGAGGUAGUCAACAAGGCUUCUGGUAUCAUCCGAAGUCACAACAUUUAUCCGUGGGACUACGGGGCGGAGGAGGUGGACUGCAGGAAGGUUAUUAAGGUAGGAAAGGGAAGACAACUCUUACUGAAAAUUGAGACUUCCCAGGUUGACGAAAGCCGCGAUACGUUCAGGAUUAGGCAUAUCAAAGGGAAAACGAAGACAUUAGUUGUUGAAGGAAACAUAAAACUAUUUAACACCACCUUAUCAGGGGGGAGUGUGGAACUCUCCCUCACAGUCUCAAGGAGGUCAAAAACUGGCAAAGGAUUCCUCGUACACUUUGAAAAAAUCGGGAAAAGGCAUAGAGCCCCUCAAUCGCAACAUCGGCAAAAAAGUACUUUAAUGAAAAAACGUAAACAGCAAAACAGACAUAGACGACAUAGAGUCAGUAAUAGAAGGAAAAGAAACAGAAGAAGAACGUACAAUAAGUCUAAAAGAAGAAAGUCCAAUAAGUCUAAAAGAAGAAAGUCCAAUAAAUCUAAAAGAAGAAAGUCCAAUAGGUUUAAAGAAGGAAGUCCAAUAAGUCUAAAAGAAGAAAGUCCAAUAGGUUUAAAGAAGAAAGUCCAAUAAGUCUAAAAGAAGAAAGUCCAAUAAAUCUAAAAGAAGAAAGUCCAAUAAGUCUAAAAGAAGAAAGUCCAAUAGGUUUAAAGAAGAAAAAAAGCUCGUGGAUUAAGAAAAUUCCUUAAUAUAAUUGGCCGAUGUGAUAUUUGAAAAAACGUGCAAUACGAAUAUAGAAUCAUCAGUCAUAUGGUCGCCUAAGUGGAGUCAGAUUGAUUAACCCUUAUCUAACCCUAGGGUAUAAUCCUCCCAUCAGGUUUUUAUUAAAACAUGAGACGAAAAGACGGAAAGACUACAGAUUAUUACGUACCUCAGUUAUCGUGUGAACAUUGAACGCUCCCGAUAUGUGUCCUUAUAUUUUAGACCUAACAUACUUAUCUUCGGAUUUACCUUUCUGCUAUUUUGCUUUACUUACAGUCACUCUAGGCGUUCUAAUUGCUAAUACUAAUGUCAAUAUUCAACCCAUUUAGUAAUUGUAGGAUCUGAAGUUUGAUUUUUAUAAUGUAAUGCAAAAAGCGAUCUCAAUUUCCCUCUUCAACAAUAACAUUUAUUCCACUGUUAAUGUAUUAAUGCAGCAGAGAAUCAUCACUGUCAUCGAUAUCGUGGCAUAACGUUUCUUUCAAGUCAUUUCCCCAAAGUACAUGUAUAUAGAGGGUAUCCAACUUCACCAGUGUGUCUAAUAUUUUGCUCGUGUUGCGCACUCGUGAAAGAUAUUAAAUAAUAACCAAAAAAGUGAAAUAUAUAUGGUAUUACUGAAGACACUGUUAGAUAUUCUGUUUAUUACAUAUUUUUACGAAAACCUACCCCGGAACGGGAAGUGACACAUCAAGCUGACAAUACUUGAUCUGGUUCCUUUUAACAAUAACAUGUCUACACAACCGUACGCGAUAAAAUAUAGACCUAUCUGCCAAUAUUUUAAUAAAAUAUAAAAACUCAUCAUUAAUUCUUUUAAUAAUCUAUUUUAAUAAAAGAAAGGUACUUUAUUUCAUAUUUUUAUAAAGCAUGCCAAACUACUAUCAUAAUGUAAUUUUGUUUUAAAUGUCCCGUCAUCAACUCAGAUCACUACGCGUUGUUAAAAAGCGCCUAAUCUUAAAUGUGGGGAGUUGGGAAAAUGCAUAGUUGUUGUGUUACCACUUAUCCUGAUGGUCAAUAUCAAAAUAUAAUAAUAAUAAUAAUUAUAAAGGCUUUAUUUAUUCUUGAUAACAUAUUGAGCAUGAAACUCAUCUUGCAUAUGUUCAGGAUACAAUGUAUGAUAAAAUGUACAAUAUUUACAGCUUUAAGAAAUAUACAUGUACAUGUAUAAAAUACAGAAUAAGGGAGGAAAUCAUAAAUCAUUUCAAGUAAAAGUGCUUUGCAGAUAUCUUAAAUUCUAAAAAUGAAGUACAAUUUCUAAUAUUACUUGGUAAAAGAUUCUAUGUAAGGGGUCCCUGAUAAAAGAUUUUCUAAAAAUGUUCGUCUUAUGACAUGGCAAGUAAAACACAUUGGUAGAUGAUGAUUUUGUAGUUAUACCCUGUUACGUAAAAUCAUUCAAAUGUUAUGGAGCUAGAUUAUUAAGUAUCUUGUACAUAAAACCUGCUUGAUUGUAUAAAAUUCUUUUGUGAAAAGGUUACCAAUUUAGUUUUUUGAACAUAUCAUAGGAACGUGUGGAAAAAUCACAUUUUAAAACAAUUCUGGCUCCUCUCUUUUGCAGGCGUUCUAAUUUUACAAUAUUAUUUUUUAACUGUUUCCCCAAACACUUGAGCAAUUAUCUAGAUGUGACUUAACAAAGCAGUUUUUUAAGAGAGACAAUCAUCUAGGGACACUCCCAAAAGGUUUUUUCACAUUUUACAUUUUCAAUGUUUACAUUGUUGAUAAGAACGGAAAAUUCUUUUGUUAAUUUACAUUUUUUUUCUGUGAAGUAGUAACAAGCAUGUCUUUUGUUUUUUCUGUUUACACACAUUUUGUUUUCAUCGCACCAUUUUGACACUAAUUUUGCAUCAACAUUGAGGUUGGUAUUUAUAAUGUCAAGUGAUUUCCCUUGUGAUUGCGCUGCGGUGUCAUCAGCGUACGUAUACAAAGAACUUUGUUUUGUAAUCAGGGGCAGGUCAUUUACAUAUAAAAUGAACAAAAGUGGCCCCAAUAUUGACCCUUGAGGGACACCGACUGUAAGAGGGAGAGAAUCACUCAAAGUGUUCUUAAAGUUUAAAAUUUGUGGUCAGACAUUUUUUUUUAAAAAAAUGGUCAUGAUUAUGUUUUUCUGGGCAUUUUGAUAAAACAGGAAGUACUGAUAUUGGCCUGUAAUUUCACAAAAGCUCUUUUUUACCCUUUUUAAAGAGAGGGCAUACUUUCGCAUACUUCCAAACUUCCGGAAAACUGUUUGUGUCAAUACUAAAAUUCAUUAGUUUACAAACAAUUGGAGCAAUGGAUUUAGCACAGUACUUCAAAAAUUUUGUGCUUAUGUUGUCGAAUCCGGUGGCUUUGUUGACAGCUAAGUUCAAUUAAAAGGUUUCGAUAAAAGUUAUUUCAACUUGAGGAAUAUUAAAAAUGUUACCCCUCAGCUUUUCUUUUAUAUACGCUUCAAGUCUAUUUAACGUAUCUGUCGUUAUUACAUGAUUCUUUUACAUAUUGAUCUGCUAUAUUAGUGAAAUACUCAUUAAAACAAUUUUCUAUUUCAGCUUCAUCAGUAAUAUCAUUGUCAUUUGGAUCUUUUAUAAAACUCGGUAAACUGGAAGAUUUCUUUGGACACAUUUUUUUGUAAUUCUUCCAGUAAUUAUUGAAAAUUUUACACUGAUCUAGAGCAGAAGUGAGAAAAGUUGAUUUUGCAGAUUUUAUCAUCGCUGUUACUUUGUUUCUACAUUUGCGAUAUAGGUCUAUUCGUCCCUCACAUUUGUGUUUGUUCCUUAUUUGUAUUGCCAGGUUUAUAUCAUCAGUCCACCAGUAAGGGAAUUUUUUGAUAACGCACCCUCUUUUCUUUAAUUUGGGCGUGUUUGUCAACUAUAUCCAGGAACAAGGUUUGGAAAGUUUGUAGCAUGUCAUCUAUAUUGUCAAACACAUCCAAACAUGACCAUGGCACAUUUUCAAUGUCUCUGUUGAAAGCUUCAUGGUUGAAGUUUUUCAUGUAUCUAUAUUUAAUGAAGUUUUUUUUUAUCUUUUGAUCUUUCUUGCUGUUAAUUCUGACAGCGCUGACCGGAAAAUGGUCACUCAUUGAUAUAGUACGUACUUCAGUGUACGAUAUUUUUUUCUGGUAAAUGAUAAAUGAUAAAUGGUUAUCCUGAUUUAUCAAUAUCACUGUCAGAUAUGAACCUUGCUCUCUAAUACCUACUGUCAAUCGCUUAGCCUAACUUGGGACUUGGAGAUGCUGACAAAAAGAUAGAGUAUGCUGACCUGUAUAGCCUGCUGGCUUCCUUGAAAUGAAAGUUAACUGAGGAACGAAACGUUGUGUUUCCUCCAGAGAGUAGUUGCCCAAUGAUAGGAAAUAGAUGUAAUUAUUCCGGGCAGUUAAAUGGGCGGAUUUUCAGGAGGCCUGCGUAUCGUUAAGCUACUCAGCCUUUGACCAGAUGGGCAGCUUGUAAUUUUUCCCAUUGAAGUUUGUUAUCUGUAUUUUGAUUGGUCAGAUAAGAAAAAGUUAUAUAUUUCACAAGUGAAAAAUAUCACGUUAAUAGAAUGAAAAUGUAAUAAAGUACAAUAUUCUACGUGACUCAGGGACUCUUAGAUUCCUAUAAUUGUUUUACGUACCUCUGUCUAUUAUUGUUAUGAUCUAAUUCCAUUGGGUGAUCAAUACCUUAAUAUAAUUGUCGAUUUCAUUUUUAAUUUUUCAAAUCUAUCAAAUUUCUCGUCGUUGCAUUUCUCUAUCAGGUUUAAUUGCUGAUUUGUCUUGUUGGACAGGCGAGAUACUAGGCACGAAAGUGCAAAUUAGAUAGUUCAUGACAGAUGAAUGUGGAAUGUGGAAUCCGUUUUUAUUUAUUGAGUUAAGGUAGGCAUCAUAUAAUGAGGACAACUUGUGAAAGUAAUGACACGGUUAUGGCUUUACACUGCAGUGACGGAUUCAUUUAAGUGUCUUGCACUGCAGUGACGGAUUUAUGUGUCUUGGCCGCAUCUUUAAUAGGUUCUGUUUCAAAAAUCAUGGUUUGGCGGCUGGUUAAGUAUUAUCAAGCUCUAUUUGUGGUUUGUUCUAGACGUAAGUCUAUUGUCGCAUGUAAACUCAGGGUAUAUAUUGCCUUUUUGUUACAUUUUUUCUAUAAUUGUAUGUAUUAAUGAAUCCAUGUUAAGCAUACACUUACAUGUAUAUUUAGCACUAGUAUCUUACAUAUUUCUUAUAUCUGACCAUUAUGUACUACUUAAUAAAGAUUUUGG